AUUUCACUUUCCCUCGCGCUCGCGGGCUAACUGGGGUAUUUUGGCCCUCGCGUGGAGCCGUCGCUGCAGUUUCUUCUGGCGUCGGUAGCCGGGAAACCGAGUGUCCCAGACUCUAGCUGAGGCCCAGGAUGUCUGGCCAAGAAGCCAAUAAGAGCGGGGACUCCUCCGCCGCCCGCGCUGCCGCCGUCAGCGACAUCCAGGAGCUGAUGCGACGCAAGGAGGAGAUAGAGGCGCAGAUCAAGGUCAAUUACGACGUGCUGGAGAGCCAAAAAGGAGUUGGGAUGAACGAGCCGCUGGUGGACUAUGAGGGCUACCCCCGGGCAGACGUGGACCUGUACCAGGUCCGGACAGCAAGACACAACAUUAUCUGCCUACAGAAUGAUCAUAAGGCGGUGAUGAAGCAGGUAGAGGAGGCCCUGCACCAGCUACAUGCUCGGGACAAGGAGAAGCAGGCCCGGGACAUGGCCGAGGCUCAUGAAGAGGCCGUGAGCCAUAGGCUGAGCUCAACUGACAGCCACAACCUUCCUCAGGCCUUUGCCAAAGUGAACAGCAUCAAUCCUGGCUCUCCAGCCAGUACUGCGGGCCUGCAAGUGGAUGAUGAGAUUGUGGAGUUUGGCUCUGUGAACACCCAAAACUUCCAGUCACUGCAGAAUGUUGGCAGUGUAGUGCAGCACAGUGAGGGGAAGCCCCUGAAUGUGACUGUAAUCCGUAGAGGGGAGAAAUACCAGCUCAUACUUGUUCCAACACGCUGGGCAGGAAAAGGACUGCUGGGCUGUAACAUCAUUCCUCUGCAGAGAUGACUGUCUCUGGGGAACUGCAGGAAAGCUUCAGCCUUGCCCUGGGCUCGGAACUGGUGGGGGGUUCCUCACUCUAUUCGCUCCCUGAAUAAGGAUCUGAAGAGGGUGGAAGUCUGAACAUCAAGGUGGUGGAAACACCGUGGCCUCCCGCUGUAGUUGCUCUGCAUUUAAGGCAUUAUUAAAAACAUGAUUUGUGCUUAGUGUCUUUUGCGAAUUAGGCAAUGGCCCUAUCUGGGAAUUUUCUAGUUUGUGAGCAUUGAGUAGGAAUUAUUCUGGCUGAUACUGAUUCAACUUCUAGGAAUUUAAAAAAUAUAUAAUACUUAGUUGAGAAUUUUCAUACAUGCAUACAAUGUAUUUCUAUCAUAUUUGUCCUUUCUCCAGCUCCUCCUGGGUUUUCUCCCCUUUAUAUCUCCCUCCCAACUUCCUGUCUUUUUUUCUAUAUAAUGCACUGAGUCCAGUUAGUACCACCCAUAUAUGCAUGUGUAUGUGGCCAUCCGCCCAAGCAUGGUCGACCUACCAGAGACCAUAUCCCUAAAGAAAACUGCUUCUCAGCUAGAGGUAGGGGCUUAUGUGUGUGUCCCUCCUUUUUUGUUGUUGGUUUUUUGUUUGAGACAAGGUCUCACUGUGAGUUAAGACUGGCCUGGAGUUCACUAUGUAGUCCCUAUUGGCCUUAAACUUGGGAUUGUCCUGCUCCACCUCCUAAGUGCUGGGACUAUAGGUGUGCACUGCCAAACCCAGCUCUUCGCACAAGUUUUCUCUUUUCAAAUAAACCGACCUUUGUAGUCCCGAUAUUACCAUUGUAUCCUCCCAACUGGAUUCUUCAUGAACCUCAAACCAAAGCUUAAAAGGAGUUGAAACAUCCUUAAAGAGUUGGCCAACCAAACCAGUUACUGGUGAGGUAAAGUUUUUCUGUUGUGCUGAAAAUUGAAGACUGGACUUCAUGCUCUAGGCAAGAAUACCACCACAGGGCUAUACCCUCUAACCCCUGAAGUCAACAUUUGACCAGCAUCUCUAUUCUGGAGCAUUCCUGCCUUGGAUACACAAUGUGCUAAUGUUCACUGCAUUCUCAUUAGGUGGGUCUAUAUGGAUCACCAUAGUUCCCUUUAGAGCAAAGGUCAAGAGGCCCCACAGGUAGCUCAGUGUGGUGUUGCUUUCUUCUAGUAACUCACUGGAGAGAAGCAAGCUCCCUUCUGUAUUAAAAAACCCCUGGAUAUAUCUUCUAAUUUGAUUUUUUUUAUAGCUGAGCUUCCUGGUCAUGUCCUGAGAUCAGCAGUUUCUUAAACUAAGUGUGCCUAACCUUGCUGAUGCCAACUAUGUUUAUAGAUAUGAUCUGAAAUGCUGCUUCCUCCUUGUACUUACUGUUGAAGAUGGUAAAAUGGGUUUGAGUGACUCCUAGUGACUCUGUUUUUCUUCCUUUUUCCUUGGUGCCCUAGUUAUUUCCCCAGCUCUCCCAGACUACUUUCUGUAUUGGAGAUCUGGCACAUUGUGCAGAGGAGGCCCAUGUUCCAUGUGAUUGCAUUGCUCAGGACAGAGGCUGACACCAGCCUUCUCUGAUGGCAGUCAGCAUUGACCUGUGCUUCCAGUAUGACUUCUUACAUUCUACUUGAAAGCCUUCCCCCAAACUGUGUUCCAGACACAGAGCCUCAUGCAUUCCUCUCUUGCUGUGUUUACCAAUAUUUGCUGUUUAAACUGUGUGUUCUAAUUCCAAGUAUUUUUCAGUCUUUUUUUUUUUAGUUCCAGACUAUAAUAAACAGAGCUUGUGUCAUUCAGUU